CUUGGACAAACUUUUGAAUUUACGCCCACCGCAGCUCUGAAUUUCCGUUACAUCCUCCCAAGUGAUUUCGUGCUCCGCAACUAUAAGAAUCCUCUGCACUGCACAAUUUAUUGGACGCCAGUCGUAAAGUUAAACAGUUCUUGUGUGAUUUGUGCUUCAGAGUGUCCACGUGAGAGUGUGAUUAAGCCGAGGCAAUCGCGCUCACUGGAAAUGAGAGGCACCACGCAUAAAGCCUGUGCUGUGCUUUCACGAGAUCAGAGAGGAUAUGUUGCUGAACCUUUGAGCGUGGAAAUGAUUUUGUGGGGUGUAAUAAAAGUUUGCUGAAUUGCAUGGCAGGAGGAGAACAGUGGAACAAGGAGGAGCGUUAGUCUAAUCAAUUUGCAAGGGGACACCAUUUCCACCUGCUGUCGAGGAGCAACUCUGCAGUGAUGGGCUGACAUUCGCACCCUCACCACAAGCCAUGGAUGGUGAAAAUCGGAUCAUCUUGAAUGUGGGUGGGAUUCGGUAUGAAACGUAUAAAGCCACCUUGAAGAAGAUUCCAGCAACGCGAUUGUCUCGCCUCACAGAAGCUCUGGCGAAUUAUGAUCCCGUCCUGAAUGAGUACUUCUUCGACCGGCAUCCGGGUGUUUUUGCUCAGAUCCUCAAUUACUACAGGACAGGGAAGCUUCAUUACCCGACUGAUGUGUGCGGACCGCUGUUCGAGGAGGAGCUGGAAUUCUGGGGCUUAGAUUCUAAUCAAGUUGAACCGUGCUGCUGGUCAACGUACAGCAUACACCGCGACACUCAGACAACACUGGCCAUUCUGGACAAGUUGGAUCUGGACAACGAGCAGCCUUCUGAAGAUGCCAUAUCGCGUCUGUUCGGAUUUGAAGAGAGCACAGAAUUGAACUGCUGGCAGCGUGUCAAGCCAAAAAUAUGGGCGAUGUUUGAUGAACCGUCGAGCUCAACAGGUGCAAAGUUAAUUGCUUGCAUUUCUGUGUUCUUCAUAUGCACUUCUGUGAUAUCCUUCUGCUUGAAGACCCACCCAGGAUUCCGGGUGGAAAUUCCAACACCCAUCGCCCAUGCGAACGAUGGGUGGCAGGACUCACAUGGACAGCCUCACUUGGCAUUCUUCUACGUGGAGCUUGUCUGCAAUGUGUGGUUUAUCAUUGAAUUGGCUGUUCGUUUUGUGGUGGCCCCCAACAUUCUCCAGUUCAUCAAAUCCCCAGUGAAUAUCAUCGAUCUGGCCGCCACUCUGAGCUUCUACACGGACGUGGUGCAGCAGAUGGGGGAGCAAACGGGCCUGCUGGAGGCCUUCUCCAUCAUCCGGAUUCUGAGACUGUUCAAGCUAACGCGCCACUCGCCCGGCCUCCGCAUCCUCAUUCACACCUUCAAGGCGUCCGCCAAGGAGCUCACCCUCCUCGUCUUCUUCCUCGUUCUCGGCAUCGUGGUCUUCGCCAGUCUCGUAUACUACGCCGAGAAGUUGCAGGAUAACCCGGAUAAUCAAUUCAAGAGCAUCCCUCUUGGUCUGUGGUGGGCCAUAGUGACCAUGACGACAGUGGGAUACGGCGAUAUGGCACCUAAAACGUACGUGGGAAUGUUUGUGGGCGCCCUUUGUGCAUUGGCCGGUGUCUUGACAAUUGCUCUUCCUGUUCCGGUCAUUGUCAGCAAUUUCUCCAUGUUCUACUCACACACUCAGGCAAGAUCCAAGCUACCCAAGAGACGUCGGCGAGUCCUUCCGGUGGAGCAACCGAGACGCAAACGAGACACCGGAGCCCCGGCCAAUCGCCGCAUGAAUGCCAUGAAGCACCAGCACGCGUCUCAUACACAUCCUGCCAUCUUCAAGGAUGCCUUCGGAAGUGCCAAAAUCGGACACGUGGACACCGUGAAUAUAAUCGGACUAAGCUUACAGAGUCCAACAGUACCAGGGCUUGCGGUCAUGCGUCCCCUAUUAAUGUCCAAUCGCCCAGGCGAUUUCCUCACGGUGCCCACACUGCAAGCCCUGCAGCCACGAGCCGCCACCACUGGCAAUGUUGACCUCCUUCUGCCACUGCAGCCGAAACUGCUGGCCAAUUUAGAGCGCAGAGAAAUGCCAACACUGAGGGAGGAAAUUCAAUUAAGAGAACAGCCAAAAGUUACCCUGCAUCGCGACGAUAUACCCUAUGUGGAUGUUGGCAAUGAGAAUCCGACUUGCGAUUGAAAUUAUGUAAAUGGAAAGUCUAUGUGGCAGUGUUACAUUGAUUAGGUGAAGGGUAGUGAAGUGAGAGAGAAUUUUGAAAAACAACAACUUUUAACCUAUGAAUAUGUGUAAAAUAAUUUAACUUCAGCGUUAUGAGAGGAAUAGAAUUCUGUAGUAUAAUUAGAUUUUCAAAAGAUGAUUAAUCACUCAAUUACUUCCAGCAUCAACGCUAAGCGGACAGUAAUUGAUAAUUAAACGAUUUAUUUCAGCUAUGAAAAUCUUAUGAUACUCGGACGGUAGUUAGGCAACUAAUAAAUCUCACUGUAUUCAGUGCAUGAGUUUUUGAUGAUAUGCUCAGUGAGUGUCAAUUAAUGGCUCAAUUUCGCGAUAUAAUUAAUUCCACAACAUUUAUUCCUAAUGAUUUAUACAUUAUCACACGACAACAAUGUGCUAAAUUAAAUCCUUUCCAUUCCCCAAAUGCCCAGAAAAUCCAUUCCCAAAUCUCGAUUCAUCCUUGAAUUGUCACAUGGAUAAUUAAUCAAAAUGCUGAUUGAUCAAUUAAAGUAACUCAGAGAGAUUUGUGUUAAGUGGCAAUGAAAUAUUGCAUUGAUGUGUGAAGCAUAAUGUUUGAAACUGUGCAAAAUAUGUUUAAAUAUAGAAAUUUUAU